UCAUGCUGCUGCCAGGUCCAGAGUCUCUCAUGGGUCCCUGUACGGCGGCUCCCAUUGCUGCUGUCUCCAUCGCCACGCUCUGCCAUGUGCCACUUUCAGGUCUCCCACACUGCUGGUGUGUAGAAUUUUUUGACAUAGGGUGCUGGCAGAUUACGGGCCUCCCAUAGCUGCUGCCAGGCCCCUAAUCUGCCAUAGGCCCCUAUAUAUACCGCCUCCUCAUGCUGCUGCCAGGUCCAGAGUCUCUCAUGGGUCCCUGUACGGCCUCCCAUUGCUGCUGUCUCCAUCGCCACACUCUGCCAUGUGCCACUUUCAGGUCUCCUCACACACUGCUGGUGUGUAGAAUUUUUUGAC